AGUGACAGUGACAGUGACAGCCAUAGAAAAUUAACAAAAAUAAAUAAAUCAUCAAAUGGAAUUUCAAUAAUCAAUUUAUCAUUAAAAUAUACAAAAUAAGGGUUAAAUAAAUAUAUGUAGUGUUUACUUAAUUUAGUGGGGUAUCAAGGGUCUUUUUUACACGCUACCAAAUUGGAAAAUGAGCAAUCACUACAAUAAUGGGGGCAGAGCCCCAGAAACCGAACAAAUGGCCCAGCCCCAGUGCUUAAAAGUGUUUAUACCCAGAGAUUACACGGAGGGAACCGUAGUUAAGUUCAGAAACAGUUUUCCGCCAGAAUUAGAAGGCAGGCUUGAAAAACAAGCUUUUGAAUCAACAAUUAACCGAUUAAAUGGGUAUUUUGCUGAAGCGGAGAAGGCCACUUGCACCACUUACUGUGAGGGCUGUUUCGCUUGCCUUACUGCCUAUUUAAUAUACAUUUGCAAGGAAACUCACUACGAAAAGUGCUUAAAAAAAGUGUCAAAAUUCAUAGCGGAACAAAACGAGAGAGUUUACGAGCCCAGAGGGUUAAAACUAACUGAUCCAAGUCUACGAGGACUCAGGGUCUUGGAAAUCAGUUGUUUGGAUCGACCUCCUAACGCAUGACUUACACUCUCUCACUCUACUCAGGAAUUUUUCAUGUGAGUUGGACAAGAUAAGCCAAGAGGUCUUCAAAAGUACUUUUUAUACAUUAUUGCAAAAUCACUGUAAUUAUUUAUAUAUAUAUAUAUAAUAUAUAUAUAUUUUAAGUAAUAAGUGGGAAAAUCAAACAUGUUUUAACUCAUGUUAUAACUACUUGCCGAUAAAUAUAUUUUUUAUGAGGGCUCCAUUGACAAAAAUUAAUCAUGUUAAUAGUUUAAUUUUAAAAAUAAGUUCUAUAUAUUGCAUUUAUGUCUUCCUAAUUUCUUUAUGUAUUUAGGUUUAAUUUUGUAGUUAGUUACUUUUGCUAUGUUAAUAAUUAUUGUCACAAAUUAAUAUAUAAGUUUCAAUUUA